CGCCUUUCAACAUGAAGUUCACCACCGUCUUCCUCGCCGUUUUGGGUUUGGCCGCUGCCGCCCCCGCUCCUGCAGUGGUGACCAAGAAGAACGCUCUUGGAGACAGGAUCAAGGCAGACAUUGAGGCACGUACACCGAUUGGUCAAUUCAUCUGGCAGUGGUAUGGCGAGGACGACGCAACUGAAGAGGAUGCGAAGCCAUCACCUGAGUACUGAGCUAAAGAACUUACCGGCUUCCAUACUGACGAGUUGAUGAUUCGAAGACUGCAGAAAUUGUGCCGUUGAGUGGAUGUCCGGUAGUUGAGCAUGGUAGGCAGGGUGAGGGGGACUUCUUGGAUUGGACAGGUUGCAAUGGUGUUUCUCUUCGUACUAUCGCUCGUCGCAUCCGUAAUCGUAGAAAGUAAUGUC